AUGUCUCUUACAAUUAAUCAGUUCGUUAAAAGACUAAUUAGUGAAGAUACAAUUGAUUUAAUAAAGUAUGAGUUCAGAGAACCACCAAAUGAACCAAAACGUAAAAAUGAAAAUACGCUUUAUAUCAAAAAAUUGUGGAGGGAUAAGCUAGUAAAUUUAAGUAUAUUGAAUAAUUUUGAAAUCUCCAAUGAUAGCGUUACAAGGCUGAUGGUCGAACUCAAACUGUUUGAACACGAUAAUGUGUUGAGGGUUUAUGGAAUUACUUUUGAUGAAGAUUAUUAUUAUUUUGUGCGUGAAUUCUCAACUAUGGAUUUGCGCACUUAUCUCAAAAAAAAAAGUUCGAGUGCUACUCCUCUUACAUGGCGGGAUAGAAUCGUGCUAACCAAAGGAGUGGUUAAUGGCUUAAAGUAUCUUCAUGAUAAUGACAUAAUUCACUCAGAACUGCACGCAAAAAAUAUCGUUAUGCAAAACGAUAUUCCUAAAUUAACCAAUAUUGGAAUGCUUUACGACCGUGCACCUGAUGACUUUUCGUUUUCUAAAUAUAGCCCACCUGAAAUUUUAUUAUCACAUGUAGUUAACGACGAAAAAAUGUUAAACAUUUAUAGCCUAGGUGUUUUAAUGUGGGAAAUUUCUAAUGAUGGUAUUGAGCCUUUUCACCAAAGUAAUGCUGUUGAAUUAGCAAUUAAAAUUCUUAAGGGCUCCCGACCUGAUUGUUCCCAAAUUAUCGAAAAAUUAAAAAAUAUACCGCUUUCUGAAUGCUAUAAUGAAAUUAAAAUUGAAAAUUCUACCGAAUCUCGAAUAUCCGAGUUUAAAACAAUCAAUCCCAAUUUUGGAUGCGAGUUAGAUUAUGAUGACUUGUUAAUGAAAAACAUGAUGAAAGUUAAAUUUAUUAGUCAUUUUGGCUUAAAUCGAGGUAGAAAUCUUAAUGGACUUGAUUUCAAUCUCUCUGAAGGGAUUAUUUUACGUGAUAACAGUGAUCCAAAGAUUUGUAGAACAUUUUCGAGUUGUCCAGUGAUUUAUCUUCCACUAGAUAAAAGCUCACAUUGGAUGGACUUAAACAAUUCAAGUUUGUUCGAAAUUAGAAGUAAAAAUAAAAUGGGACCUAAAUAUGACGAUGUACGAAUCCAUGUUCCAAUUUCAACUGUACAAUACACAAAUGAUGCAACCGACAAAUUUAUUCAAGAUAUUAAAAUAGCUCUUAACAUUUCAAAUGAAAACAAGAGGCGAAAAGCAUUAGAAGAACGUUUCAAUCAUUAUGGUAAUUUUGUUGUAAAAAGGGCUACUCUUGGUGGUGUUAUUACAAUUAGAAAUUGGUCAACAGUCUCUGCUGAAAGCAAAUCGUAUUUAAAGACAUAUAUCCAAUGGGCGAUUGAUUAUGGAAAGGGGAGGACUACAGAAAUCUUUGAAGAUGUUCCACUUGAUAAAUUACCUAAACUAGAGGCUUCGGUUCCAAUAGAAACUUUCGGUGAUCUAUGUAAUUGGUUUAAAAGUUUAUAUAGUUCAAAGUUCGCUGAACUUAUAUCUUAUGAAGAAAUUAUUCCAUCAUAUGAAUUAUUGCAAAGUGAUUUGCGAAAACAAUUAUUCCAAGUUAUUGGUUCUAAACCUUCUGAAGCACCUUGCAGAAAAUUAAUUCCGAAUAUUUCAUCUCAAUAUGAAGAGCGAGAUAUUUUAAAGUGGAUAAUAUCAAAUCCUCCGCUUAACAUACAUCUUAGCGAUUGGGUUUAUAAUAAUGAAUUGCAAUAUGGUAUAAUCUUACAACGUCUAAAUUUGAAGCAUGGUAAACGACCAGCCUUUAAAUUUUUAAAGGAGCCCAAAAUAAUCGAAAUAAAUAAAAUCACACUUUUAUUAACACAACCACAAACUCUUCAAGAUGCUUAUUGCUUGGAGAAUGGUAUUAAUUUAAAAAAAGAUGAUGGAUUCGGAUUAGAACUUGAAAUCCCCUUCGCUGAAUAUAGUCCAAUACUUAGUUAUCCUUUAGAGAAUUUCAAAUAUGCUAAGGAUCAACCUUCAAAGGCAAUUUAUUGCCAAAUAAUUGUGAGAGUAGCAAAGAUCUCUUUUAAUCUUGCAGAUAUCAAGUCUUUAGAAGAAUUUUCAAAUACUGUUAAUAACGCACUUCAAAAUAAUGAACCAUACAAAAAUUUAUGCAUGUUAUUUGGAAAUGACUACGGACAUCUAUUACCAAGAACUUUCACUUUAGGUGGAAUUUUAUCGAAAACGUAUAAAUCUUGUACAAGUACAAUAUUGCCACAAAGAUUUGAGUAUGAUAUAAAUGACGCUAAUACACCUCAAAAAAUUAUAAAAAAAUUAGCAGAAUGGAAUAAAGAGUUUGAUAAUAUAGAUACCUCAUAUUUCCUUAGUAAUAAUAGUAAUUUAGUUUAUCGCAAUGAUAUUGAUAAUUGGAUUAAAAAUCUCUUGAAUAAAUAUAGCGAUUUGAAGGUCAUUGCCUCUGAAGAUUGGACGCCAUUGUAUAAGAUUUUGAAGAAAAUCCGCUUUAAUAUAGACGAUAUGUUCAAUACAUAUCAAAUUGCUUUUAAUGGAGAAGAGAUUUUGCAGCAAGAUAAACAGGACGCAAUAAUAAUUAAAUUUCCUGGUUCACUUAUUGAUGAUAAUUAUUACAUUUUUGGAACCAUUAUAAAAAGAAACAAAGAUGGUAGUGAGGUAAAAAUUUCUCAAUUGCCAGUUCAAUUUGAUUAUUUAAAUAAGGAUGGAUGUGUUGCGUAUAUACAUAAAGCCGAAAAUUGCGAUAUACGCUUAAACAAAGCAGAUACGAAACUUCUCUGGUUCGUGCUUGCUAAUCCGAAAGGAUAUUAUAGUAAUAAAAAUCGAAAUGUUAAAGUCAUUUAUGGAGACGUUAACAUUAGUAAAUCACAAUCUGUAACUUUAAGGGGUAAAAACUUCUCUUCAGAUUGCGUUCUGAUAACAUCAAUUAAAAACGAUACUAGCCUUUAUAAUAUAAACAUUACAUCUUGGACGAAAACUAAAAUUACGUUAGAAUUAAUAAAGGGCCAAAUUAUGGUUGAUUCACAGCAAAUAAAUGAUGGUUUUGAUGAUGGAAGCUCAGAUAAUGAAAUGGAUAACUUCAAAUUAGAUCAAAUUGAUCAGGCUACUCAAGAAACCUCUGUUAUUAGAUGGUGUGUUAUUUAUCCGAAUGUAAAAAUGGAUAAUGAGGAUGAUGAAUCACCAACACUUUCAUGGUCAGUAUUUGGCAAUAAACUCGAUCCCAAAUUGGAAAAUGUUGAACCUGACUAUUCAGAUCUUUAUAAAAUACCAUCUCGGAUGUCUUUAGAAGACGCAAUAAAUCAAUUCAGUAAAAAUGAUAACACGCUUGAGGCAUGGAAUACAUUUGUUAAUCAUGCUAGAGAUGGAAACCAUAUUGCAAAAUUUUGGAUUGGAUAUUACCUACAGCAUGACGUUCUUAUGGCGUUUAAAACUUACAGAAGAAAAUUUUAUGAAGAAGUUGUUGAUGAAUUUGCUGAUGGAACAGACAAUUAUGUACAGGCCGCAAUGAAAUUAUACAAGCAAUCCGCUGACUCUGGCUAUCCAGAAGCUCAGCUUAAAUACGGUUUUGGCCUUUAUAACGGAACUGGUGUUAAUAAUGAUAAAAAGGAGGCAAUACGAUAUUUUAGGUUAGCUGCAAAAAAUAACAAUAUUACUGCUAUGUAUAAUUUGGGUGUUAUGUUGAGGCUUAGUGAAAGCGAUAACGAAAAAAAUGAGGGGACGAAAUGGUUAAUAGAGGCGGCUAAACUUAACCAUUUAAAAGCGAUUGAAGUCUGUAAUAGGGAAAGAAUUAAUUACUAA